UGCAAUGAAUCUAGAAUAUAAGAAAGUUAGGUUUUUUUAUGCGUACAGCCAGUCUUUCAGAAGACUUUGAAAUAGGAAGUGACCAAAUUAUCACAAGCAUCACGCUCAGCCAGAUAUAGGGGGGAAGGAAGCUCUCGGAUAUUUAGUGCACAAGUCUUCUUCUGAUGAGCUCAGGCACAGUUUGAGGACAGAACAGUGCUGAACUUUGAUGCAGAGAUGGUUUUCUGGAGCUGUUUAUUGUCACUCUUUCUCUGGCUCACAGUGUCACCUGCUAAUGCUGGGGAAUGGAGUGCUAAAAUGCCAGAAUCAGUGGUGGGUUUGUCUGGAUCAUGUGUGCUGAUUCCCUGUACAUUCAGCUAUCCAGCAAAUGGAAAAACAUACACAGAAUUUGCAGGGAUUUGGUACAAAGAAAAUUCAAUAGUAUAUCAUACAGACACUUCAAAAAUCAUCGACUCAUUCAAAGGUCGCACUAGCCUCAUUGGUGAUUUGCACAAUAAUGACUGUUCUUUGAAAAUCAGCUCUCUGAGCAGCAGUGACGCUGGGUCAUUCAUGUUCCGGAUUGAGAUUAAACAUCUGAACAAAUUCAGCUAUAAGAAGAAUGAAGUUUCUAUAACAGUGAAAGAAACACCAGAGAAUCCUACCGUCUCUGUGGAAGAGGAAGUGACAUCAGGGAAACCGGUGACUGCCACCUGUGCCGUGUCUCAUUCCUGUCCGUCAGACCUGCCUCGUGUCACCUGGAGCCACGCUGGCACACACUCGAGUCCAUCACAGCCACAAAAUCAUGGUCAAUGGAAGCUGACAUCUUACAGCCUGACCUUCACUCCUUCUAGAGAAGACCAUAAUAAACAUCUCAGCUGCUCUGCAGAGUUUAAAGGGAAGACAGUGACAGGCUACAAAACACUCAAAGUUAAAUAUCCUCCUGAGAUUAAAAGUGAAUCUUCUUGCCAGUCUAAGAAUUUGACGGUGUGUGUCUGUAUUGUGGACUCCAACCCUCCCAGCGAAGUCAAGUGGUUUGGUCCAGAUUCCUCAGAAGCCUUCUCCAGCACCAGCAUUAAACAAAAUGAGUCUCUUACCAUAUUCACCUUACAGGGUUGGCUGGGUUUCCCGGAGACUAUCCAGUGCUUUGCCAAUAACAGUCUGGGAAACUCCUCCAUAACUUUGGAAGCUCCUCAAAAUGGCAUAAUAACAUACAUUGCUGUUGCAUCAGCUGUUGUAGUUGUUUUAGCCUGCAUUUUAGUGUAUGUUGUGAUCAGACGCUGUGGGAACAGAGCUGCACAACUACGUGUAAUGAAGAAUGAGCAGAAUGAAAUGAAGACAACCCAAAACAAGUCUGAUUUAGAAAACAGUAAAGAAGAGAAAGGCAGUGAUGGGGAUAUUUACACAAAUUGCCCGAAAGGUCGUGUUUAUGACAACUGGGGGGUCUCAAUCGGGCUCAAAUUGAUAAGCAAUAUUGACAACGCCAUUGUUUACAAUUCAACCGGAUCACAUGCCACUGAGUGUGAUGUGAGACCAUUCUCAUCUGACCGCGCCUUGGAAGAUGAAGCAGUCUACGCUAACAUGUGAAGAUAAGAACACGUCGUCCUACUAGAAAUGACACAUACAGAGAAAGACCAAAGAGGCAAACUAAAUUUUGUUGACUUUUGUAGAUCUGAUAUGUACAGAAAAUGUUCAGAGCCAAAAAGGAAAAGGUCUUGCAACUGAGAAAAACAUACUGUGUGAAUCUAAUAUUUUCAAAGUUUUAAUAUAUAAAGAAUGUAUUUAAAAAGACAAAAUGUAUUUAUAUUUAGUCAUUUAGCAGACAAAAGCGAUUUACAAAUGAGGACAAUAGAAGCAAUCAAGACCGACAAAAGAGCAAUAACAAUAUGUAUAGUGCUAUUGAGUUUAAAUGUCAUUCCAAAUAAUCAAAUAAAAAAAUAUAUACGUAUUACAAUAGUAAAAUGUAUUGUAGAUAUGAUGUUAAUGACUAAAAUAGCACAAUAAUAACUCCAUUAAUAUUGCAUUAAAACAUAGCUUACCCAAAAA